CAAGCACCCACAGCGUUCACUUCCUGUGAGAGAAAAUUGAAGAAAUUAGAGAAACCCCAACAAUUACUAUUUGGCUUAUGUCAUCCUUUAUAAUAUAAAAUAGUCGUGUAUUUUUUAAAAUUUAUACAAACAAAAUAUAGAUAAAUUAAUUCUGUUAUAAUGCCUCAAGAGCAUAAGCUGGUUAUUACUUAUUUACAAGUCCAAACGCUGCUCGGCGCCCAUUCACAAGCAAAAUAAAAUGGAAAAAGAAAAAAAAUUAAUUCAACUAUGUAGAGGUCAAAAUGCAAAGCGAAAAUUGGAAAACAAUGGCCAAGCGUUGUGCAGAGCGUUCAGUUUCGCGGCAGCUUAGCGAAGGCUAAGAUUAAUUUAACCGAAAAGUGAUACGCUUUUGAAUUGAUGAUUUUGUGCGGUUUGAAAUCAGAAAAAAUUAGUUUGUAAAUAUAAAAUAUAUUGUAAUAAUAGUAGAAAAAAAUAAAAUUGUGCUUCAACGGUUGACUAGUUAACGUAUAGUAUAUUUAAUUUGUUGCCAAAGAAAUAGAGCCCACGAAUAAUAAGCGUACAAGUGAAAGAAAACUUUUUUUUCCGAGCAUUCGCUGCCCUACAGUGCCUGGAGCUGCUACGACCAAGAAACCGUGCACUCUUUUUCUACUUCAUAAGUCGCAAGUAAUUCCUUCUCUUAUCUAUAAAAAGGUGUCUUUAAAUAAGUGCAAACAUGGACUAUCGAUUUUUAUUCAUUGCAUUUAUUUUGAAUGUUAAUCCUAUCCUAUCGGAUGGUGGUACGGACCCAUACAUUACGCAAACUGUUUAUGGAUUUCUGGAUUUUACAACAACGAUAGGCAAUACAGUAAUGGUAUUUUCACCACAAAGUGCUCCACCAAUCGGUAAAGUUGAAUUGCCAGCCAAUAUAAUUGAAACAAAACCGCUUGCUUUAAAACCUACAGAGGACGAAACUAUUAAACCUACCAAGCCAACGAAUUCUGAUAAAAUACCGACCAAUAAACCCGUGGAGAAAAACUUAAAAUCGACUAUUGUUGAGGCUCAAAAGAACAAAAAUAACAACAAUAGUAAUGUGAAAAUUGUAACGAGUAGCUCGGUGGUGGUCACGGCACAAACAUCGCCUGAGCCUGUCGAAGAGCAGCCCGCACUACAAAUAGAGAACAAUGUUUUUGAAUAUGAUUUGCUCUCACGCCAACCAGCCGAAUAUGCCGAAGAAACCUAUCGUGUCAUAAACAAUAAGGCUACGGAUAAACCACGAAACAGACUCAAUCAACGUCGAACUUACGAUGUGUCUUCGGAAGCAACUAUUAUACACGAAGCAACGACCGCAAAUCGAUUAAAACCAAGUCAAGCGGUGGAAAACAAACCGCAUGCACCGAGUGGACCUAAAGGCAAGAAACCGAAGAUAAGAUCAACUACACCGUUACGUGUUUUGAAGACUACGACAUCUUCUUUAUCCAAACCAGCGCCACAAGAGCAGAAAAAUAAUCGCAUCUCCGGUUCACAUCGUCACAAUGGUAAAGGCAAUAGAGCCAAUAAUCACGGACAAGAGCAUGUAACAAUCACCGAAUCUGUGGUUGAAUCGUCACAAGUUACCCAAAGUCAUAAAAAGAGUUCGUCACGUAGUAAGCCCAAAAGGAAAAGUAAAAAUAAUAGGUCAUCAGCUAAUGCGCAUAAAAGUAGUGCGGUCGUAUUGGCUUCCUCUGCAGAGCCGGCACCCAAAACAUUCCGUUCCAAAGUACGACCUUCAAAUGUGGAAUCGCAGGCUUCCACUAGCGUCUUUACGUUCAAGUUGAAUCGUACUCCUGGCAGAUGGCAGUAUACAACAACCCCGAAACCCAGAGUAGCCAUACGUAAGAAUCCGGAGGGUAACACCACUAAAUCUGUAGACGCUUUUGCUGGCAACCCUAGCUUAAAUGUAAUAUCCGAUAAUGGUGAUCUGGAAUCAUCGGGCUCACAAAACGGUGCUGUUGUCAAUAAUAUAGAUCAAGGUGGAAAUUAUCAACAUUUAGUGGAGACCUUGAAUGUGGAGAUAUCAACACCGGCAAAUUUCAAGGAUACUUACUAUGAGUUGGCGACCAUUAAAACGCCGUACGCUUUUCAGGUCGGUGGUUUGAAGAAGACUCGUUUCAUAACAGUCACUUCAACGAUAGAAAAAACGCUGACGCCUGACCCAACGGAAGUACAAAUACCAGAUGGUCCACUAACCGAAAACAUUUUGGCACCAUCAUCACGGGAAGUCAACUAUCUGCGUGAUACCCAUGUCACAACAUUGAAACCGCUACACAUUACCGAAAAUGCCGAGACGCCGAAUUUGGAAACAGUGGUGGAUUCAUUUAGCACAACAACAACGAAAUUGCGCACACAAGUUUUACCAAUUGUCUUUGAUGUCAAUAAUGAGACAACAUAUGUCACACUCACACAAACUUACGACAUCACAAGCCUUAUAACGGUGACGAAAACACUGUCACCGCUAGAAACUGAUCUGCCGCUAAGGAGCUUUACCGACUUUGGUGCUAAUCUGGAUGAGGCGGGCUCCGAAAUAAAUCUAGAAUUGGAAUUCGGUGAUGAAGAUAAUGCCGAAAAUACAAAGGAUGACAAAUCAUACCGUCCCAAAUUAUCCGAUAUAGCUGAUCUCUUCGGCAAGUCAUCGAAUCUUACGGCUGAGGAAUUACAAAGAUUAGCGUUGUGGAAAUUGCAAAGUAAUUCACAACAAUUCUCCUCAAUACUAAUACCCAGCAUACCGCAAUUCACGCCGGAGAGCACACUACCAUUCCCCCCCAUUACGCCGUCCAUAAAUCCAUUCCUGCUGCCUUUACAGCAAUUCCAAACGAUAACCUCCAGUAUUGUACACGAGACGAUCGCCACGCACACGAAUAGUAAAGUCUUAAAAUUAACCUUUGGCGCACGUACGGCGUACACGACGAUUUACUCCAGUGAAGUUGUGCCGACACGUGCGACCAGCUACAUUACCACAUCCAUACCCGUUCAGCCAACGCCACCGGCAUUCCCCGGCUACUUUCCACCACCAUAUCCACAAUAUUAUCUCGGAUAAGUUUAGUUAUACAAAGUUCGGGAGCUCGGUAGCGCUCUCUGGUUCUUUUGUAUGUAUGUAUAUACUAGUGUUAGCAUCAUUCUUUUGUUUUCAUUUGGUCCUAUAUAAAAAUCCUAUAAAAUACUCGUCCAUUUAUUACUUCACAAACAAAUCGAACAUAGAACAUAUGAGAUUCAAUGUUAUUGUAUUAAAUUUUUUGCGUAGUUUCAUUCAUUUCGUUUCAUAAUAAAAAUUUAAACAAAAUUAUAAUAAGUUUUUCAAUCGCGUCAAUAUUGGUUAAAGCGUAUUCCUAUACGAAAUUUUAAGUGAAUUGGAAGUCUUAACCACACAGCUCUAAAAUAGCAAAGAUUUCUUUCUUCUUUUCAUAAUAUCGCCACCAGAGGUACUAAAUUACACUCAACGUCUUGCUAAAGCCUCAUUUGCUAUUUGUAAUUGAAAGAAAAAAAAAACGAAUCUGCCUCUCCAACACUUCUCUUCUAACUUUCUGAUUUAAGCGAUUAAACUCGUAACUCCCCCAAAC